AUGGGACCGGAGGAGGAGGAUCUAGAGGCCAAAAGACCGCCAUAUAGUCAUGCUAUGCUCGCAGGUGGCCUUGGUGGUACUACUGGGGAUAUGCUAAUGCAUUCUCUGGACACUGUUAAGACGAGGCAGCAAGGUGAUCCGCACAUGCCGCCAAAAUAUACCUCACUUGGGUCCUCAUAUCGCACAAUUUUCCAGCAAGAAGGUAUAAGGCGUGGGCUAUACGGCGGUGUUCAGCCUGCCUUCCUCGGCUCGUUCUUUGGGACAGUGGCCUUCUUUGGCACAUACGAAUGGAGCAAAAGAUAUAUGAUAGACUUUGGGGUCGCUCCGUCGGUGUCGUACUUCGUUGCCGGGCUCGUUGCAGACCUGGCCGCAGCUCCCAUAUACGUACCUUCGGAGGUGCUCAAGACAAGGUUGCAACUUCAGGGUCGGCAUAAUAACCCCUUCUUCAACUCCGGAUACAACUACAGAUCGAUGAUACAUGCGACAAGAACGAUAAUUCGCCAAGAGGGCGUCGCUGCGCUAUUCCACGGCUUCCAGGCAACCCUUUGGAGAGAUCUACCGUACUCGGCCCUGCAAUUCGCGUUUUAUGAACAGGAGCAAAAGCUAGCGAGGGCCUACAAGGGCUCCAAGGAGAUUGGUCUGCCGCUAGAAGUCUUAACUGGUGCUUCGGCAGGAGGAAUGGCUGGUGUUAUCACUUGUCCUCUGGAUGUCGUCAAAACCCGUGUGCAGACGCAACUGGACCCCCAGGUUGCUGCAUCACAGAAAAGUACUACAGGUAUAAAUCAGCCGGCAAUCCAGCCGUCUUCGUCUAGCAGACACCAGGCCAGCGUGCCAAAAGUGCCAUCCUUGAAUCGACCUAUCUCCACCUCCUCUCCAUCCACGACACUCCAUUCUCACACGGCCGCAACCUUGGACACUUCUUCUGUCAUCGCGGGUCUCAAGAUCAUCUACAAGACGGAAGGUGUUGGGGGAUUGUUCCGCGGCGUUGGCCCCCGCUUUGUGUGGACGAGCGUGCAGAGUGGCACGAUGCUUGUAUUAUAUCAACAGUUCCUUCGGUAUUUUGAGGGGCAUCCCUUUAUGAGCACCUCCGAUCCAGAAGAAGCUUGA